UCUUGCAGAUUCAGGAAUUUUAAGCGUGGUAAUUAAUGAUCAGGCAGAUGAAGAUGGAAAUAGAGGUUGCAUGUUUGGUGACCUCUUCGCUGCUCGUGAUGUCGAAGUGCCCAAAGCGGGAAAGGAUCAUACUGGGAGUGGUGUGCCGACGGGCAACACGCAGUCCGUCUCGUGUAACGCUCUCCCUCGUACGUAUAACUUUAGGGUUUCCGAAGCCCGCAACAAAAUUUACGCGUCUACCCAAGCGCGCUCUAUAUCUUUAGUGCUUUCUUUAGGAACACGGAGGCGCGGCGGUGGUCGUUUGGCCGCUAUUUUGAUUCUUUCCUCUACUUCUGAAGGGCCGAGUACUUUUAACGAGAUCGUUGACAACUGGACAAGCAGCCUCAGAUUCAUACAAAGUCAUCGCUAUACCCCGACUCCUGUUAAAGAAUUUGUUGGAGAAUUACUGGAAUAUGACGAAUCUACGGAAUGUAGGAGUCUGCGAAAAGCUUGUAAACGAAAGUUUCACGCCUAUAUCCUGGCGUCUACCUCGGGUGCUGCUGUAACGAUGACCGAGAUUGCGCAUGGUUACGAGGAUCGUUAUGAGAAACUGGUGGCAUCGGACAGUCUCAACAGAGACGAUGAGCAUGUGGACGAUGAUGAAGUGGAGGGAACCCGUCGCAAGAAAGGGCAGGGCGAGCUGAAUAAGAAGCGAAGUGAAUCUGAGAGAACGCCAUUGACCGAUCUCACAAAUGUGGGUGUUGUGGGUCUGAACUCUGUCAUUGCCACGCAACCGCCUUCCAUUACCGACAUCAGAGGAUGGAGCACGGAACAGCUCAUCGGGCACCUUCAAGCAAAAUUCUCUGAUGAUUUGGACGAUGAAGACCUCGAAAAUUUGCAAAAGCAAAAGAUUAAAGGCCAUGGCAUGAAACGUGGACCUGCAAGUGUCAUCGCUGGCUACAUCGAUGAAUUGAAGGGUACGUGGCAUUCGACUUUAUUUAUCGAGCGUCCUCGAGAGCGCUCAUCUACGCAUCGAAAACGGAAGAAUGAGAAUGAAGGGAACGACGAGUCGGAACCACGGAAGAAAAUGCCGCAAGACCUGGAAAACCUUCCGUCGCCCACCGAUUACGCCAAGGCAUCCGGACCAAAGUCGUGCACGAAGGAAAAUGGACCUCCUCUCUACAACCAUCGCAAUCCAGUUCUACCAUUCAGUUUUGACACGUUUCUGAGACGUCUCAACGGGAUCGAGGGUGAAGUCGAUGAGGAAAAUGAACUCAACGGCAAGAACUCAUCGUUCGAUUCCUGCGACUCAUCGGCUUGCCUUUGGUUCGCUGCGUGUGACAACAUGAAGACUGAUGGUACAUUCUUCACUACGGGCGAAUGUCAGUUCCUUGUAUGCAACCUUGAGUUCGCAGUGAGGCUCGCGAACGAGAAUGCAGUUAUCGCAGAGCGCACGUGUUUUCCCACAUUUCUUAUUCUUCUGGAAGGCACAUACCUGUCGAUAUGUGGCGCCGUUUUUUCCGAUGCAGUCUGCAUUGAUCGGCUGACGACAGUCAUCCCGCUGGAGAAGGCGGCCUAUGAUACUGCUACCUUGGAUUAUAUCGUCCGCACACUACGCGCUCUUGUCAGAUGCAUCAAAGAUCUUGAACUGCACUACAAAGACAUCAUGGAGCUGGUAGAUAUUCCCAAAACGAUUACCAAUGGUGCCCAGCCUCGUAGUCUGAGCGUUGGAACUGAGCUCGAGCUACACUAUCACAAGCGACUCAUGAUGAAAGGAAAGCGACUCUGGAUCGCGUACAUGAAGACUGAGAGCCAAGAUGAGGAACGAAAAGUUGUCGUGAAAUUCGCGCGACAGUACUCAAUCAAAAUGCAUCUGCGAAUGGUAUCUGAAUUAUGA